CCAAGCUCGUCUUGGAGACCGCCCCGGACCCUUCCGUUUUAGUCAGGCUCCAGCGGUUCGCUGCGGUCGCGCAGACGCAGUGCUGAACCCACAACCGCAGAACAAAGAGCGACGUCCAGAGCCGGAGUCAUGGCGGCGACCGAGCCGGGCUUGGCGACCCUUGGGCGUACCGCGAUGCUGCGAGAGAAAGAGGAGGGAGCUGGCGGGAGCUCAGACCCUCAGCGUAACCCUGCGGGUUCCUCGUCCACUCCUGAGGCUCCAGAGCCUGCGGCCGAACCCUCCAGCCACAAUGCCUCUGUCCCCGAAGCCAUUCCCCCAGAUCCCGCGGCUGCCUCCGCGGCCCGGGAGCUGCUCCUCGAGCCCCCACCCUUAGGGUCCGCACCGCAUGGUGAAGCCGCUCCGUGCCUCCCUCCAGGCCCUGGCGGCUCCCGGCCUGGCCCGGAGACGUUCCGCCAGCGUUUCCGACAGUUCCGCUAUCAGGACGCGGCGGGCCCGCGAGAGGCGUUCCGGCAGCUGCGGGAGCUCUCUCGCCAGUGGCUGCGACCCGACAUCCGCACGAAGGAGCAGAUCGUGGAGAUGCUGGUGCAGGAACAGCUGCUCGCUAUCAUGCCCGAGGCGUUGCGGGCCCGCCGAUUGCGCCGCCGCACGGAUGUUCGUAUCACCGGCUGAGCUGCGGGAGGCCUGGUCCGGGGCGCUCUCUGGACUGGGGGGAGCCAUAAUCCUGCUCGGAGGCCUGAGCCUGGUUCCUCAAUCCGCGUUAAUGAAAAACGAGCUUUUUGGCAGCUUGUGUAGUCUGUUGUGGCCCUUUUCGUUCUUUACUGGGUAUAUUUUCCCGAGCGUAUUUCCAGUCUUCUUUCUGGCUUGUGUUGACCCCAAGUUGGGAGCCCAUGAGAAUAAAGCCUUUGUUUCCUAUUCA